CUGAUGACGCCUAUGACCCCUUCGAUUGCGAAAAGAUGCAACAGGUGAGGGAGAAAAUUAUUUGUCUUAGCGUAUGCGUGGCCAAGAAGUUUGAUACCAUCGAUGAGAAUGGCAAACUAAAACGUGAUGUUAUUCUAGCAGAAAUGCGCAAGCAAAUCGGUGACGUACAAUGGAAGAAAAACGCUGUGGAAGGCUAUGUUGACAAAUGUCUGGCUGAGGUAAAAGUACGGCAUGAGCAACGCGAGAAGGAAGGCAGACUGGGUCAGGGUUGCAGUCGUAAUCCAUUGACCUUCCAAAACUGUAUGUGGCGUGAAUUCUGGAACGGUUGCCCGGCAGAAUUGCAAGUCGACUCGCCAAAAUGUAAUAAAUUGCGUGAACGCACUACGGCUGGUAAUACACGAUUCUUCGGUAAACAUUUAAUCUACAAAUACUAUCCCAGCCCAUAUGAUGGUGAGGGUGUGGGUGGUAUAUGAGUAGGGUAUAACGAUAUGCAUAUAAAAAUUUUUUCAAUUGAAAAGAAUUUAGUGUUAUUGAAAAACGGCAAAUAAAUCAAAUGAAAGCAAUUAAAAAGUGUAA